AGCAGACUCUUACAUAGCUACAGUGCGCUCCUUCUGCAACACAUCUCACAUUGGCUUCCUAGACGGACAGUUCACUCGGGACAGUUGGAAAAUGGAGGCAGUUACGGAUGCCUUUCAGGGCUAUGGGGUGAGCACCACUAAUUACCUCCAGACCAACUAUAAGGACUCCCAGGGUUUGUUCCUGUGGGUGUCCUGGGCUGCUGACCUCAGGAACACCUUCUUCAUCUUCUUCCCCCUCUGGUUCCACCUGCGGGAGUCGGUGGGUAUCAAACUCAUCUGGGUGGCAGUGAUCGGAGACUGGCUCAACCUGGUCUUCAAGUGGAUUCUGUUUGGCGAGAGGCCGUAUUGGUGGGUUCAUGAAACACCUUACUACAGCAAUACCACUGCACCUCACAUUGAACAAUACCCCAUGACCUGUGAGACUGGCCCAGGCAGUCCCUCUGGCCACGCUAUGGGAGCCGCAAGCGUCUACUACACGCUGGUCACCUCCAUCCUAGCCAUCAUGCUGACCAAGAAGAAGACGAGAUCUUCCACCAAGGGCAUGUAUCUGCGGGGCACUCUGUGGGCAUUCUUCUGGGCAGUCCAGGUGUGUGUCUGUCUCUCCAGAGUCUUCAUUGCUGCCCACUUCCCCCACCAAGUCGUCUGUGGAGUCAUCACAGGUAUGGCUGUGGCCGAGGCCUUCAACAGAACCCAGUGGAUCUACGGAGCCAGUCUGAAGAAGUACUUCUACACCACCGUCUUCCUGCUCUCCUUCGCUGUGGGCUUCUACGUGCUGCUGAAGGCUCUGGGCGUGGACCUGCUGUGGACCCUGGCGAAAGCCCAGAAGUGGUGUGUGAGGGCUGAAUGGGUCCACAUGGACUCCACUCCCUUCGCCAGCCUCCUGCGCAACAUGGGCACCCUGUUUGGCCUGGGCCUGGGCGUGCACUCGCCCCUCUACACCGAGAGCAAGAAGUACAGCAGCACCCCCUUCAGGGUGGGAUGUAUCAUUACCUCGCUGCUCCUGCUGCACCUCUUUGACUCCUUCAAGCCCCCCACGCACACCGCCGCCCUCUUCUACCUUCUGUCUUUCUGUAAGAGCGCCACUGUCCCCCUGGCAACCGUGAGCAUCAUCCCCUAUUGCAUGUCAGGAGCGCUGAGCAGCGUACAGAGCAAGAAGCAUCUGUGAAGUCGUUGACAUCUGACGCACUUGGACUUAUGUAUACGGAGCUCACUCCAGAAUUGAACAGUGUUCACUGGUGCUUCAAUCCUUAAUCAUUCCAUAUAUUGACGUUCUUUCCAAAUAGAUGAACAAUCUAUUGUGGUCUUUGUCUACCAUACAUACGUUCAUCCAGUCACUCACUGUAAAGGUCUUAUUUUCCUAUAUACGCAUAGUGUGGACACUGAAAUGAAAGAACUAUCCAGCGUAUUACUCAGAGGCAAUUAAGACACUGAUUUAAUUGUAUAAAAAAAUGAUAAUUUAGAAGUAGUUCAGUGCGAACUCAGGAGCCCAGAAAGUGAAUAUUUCCUUGCAGUUGCUUUGACAUCUUUUUUUUUUUUUUUUUUUUUUUUAAUAUAAAUGAGGUUAAAGCAAACUAAAGUCCAGGAGAAUAUGAGCCCAAAACUUUAGUGGCCUGCUUUACAGUGUGUUCUAAGAAUGUUAUAUAUUACUAUGUUCAUAUUUGUUUUGUAACUGUGUUUUUCCUGUUAAAUAUUUUUGGAAAUUGUCAGAUAUUUAUAAUAAAAAUCUUUCAAAUACA